AUGAAUUGUGGAUAAUGCAUUAAAGAAUUGAAAGGUUUUUAAUUUGAUGAGAAAGCUGAGGAAUAUCAAGGCGUGAUUUGGGAUGGCAUUUUUAAUUGUUUUUAUAAGAAAAAAUUCAAAAUUGAAAUUAUGAAUUAAAGUAUCAAUUACAUUUCCAAUGAUGGAUAAAUUUUAAGAAUGUAAUAAUUAAAUUUCAAGGAAUAGUGAUUAAAGAACAGAUUGUUAUCAAAAACCAAAAAUACUCACUAAUUUAGAUUAAAUAAAGCAUCUCUAAAAGUACAAUAUCUGUGAACAAAAUAUGAAUAACACUAAAAGAAUAAAUUUAAUGUGGAAGGGAGAAGCUUUAGAAAAUAAUGGAGGUGAAUGUUGUACUUAUAUAAGGAUUAAAAUAAAAAUAUUUUAAAGAGCUUAUUAAUAAUUUUUGGAGGUAUAACUAUGCCUUAAUUGUUAUAAUAGUUUGGCUCAAGUCUACCAAGCUGGAAAAUAUGA